UCAAUUAGACGUUCGUUCAGGGGGGAGAAGAUUCAUCGGACGAUCUGAAUCGCUCUUUUGUUUCUCCGGCCGUUGAAUCGAAAGCUGUACAAUCUCCGGUGUGUGUUAUAAGAAGAAGAAGAAGAAGAAGGAGAUGACCAGCAGCAAUAGCAGGUCUCGAUUGGAAGCAUUUCUAUCGUUAUUCGUUAAUGUCCAUCCUCACGAGGCCUCCGCUUUGUUCUACUCCUCAUCCUGCUUCUUCUUCGUAUUAAGUGCAUAUUUCGUGGUUCUUCCUCUGCGAGACGAGGGGGCUAUAUCUUUAGGAUUGGGCAACCUUCCAGGUCUUUUUGCUGGUUCAUUGGCUUUAACUCUGGUUGCUGCACCUCUCUCCACCCUUAUUUUCUCACUGCCUAAUCUUUCCAAACGAAAGGCAUUGGUCUAUAUACACAGGUUUUUCAGCCUGUCACUUGUUUUGUUCUUCAUUUUAUGGCAUUUUUCCUCACCUGGACAUUUACAUACUGGAGUAAAGGAUGUAGUUUACAAGUCAUCUACCAUAAAAGAAGAGCUAAAGGUGAAGGUGAAUCAAACUGGUAAUGCAUAUUCUGGAAGCUGGGAUAACCAUGGAUGGUUUUAUGUAUCCGUAAGAAUUGCAUUGUUCCUUUGGGUUGCUUUGUUGAAUCUUAUUACAAUCUCUUCAACAUGGGCUAGAGUAAUUGAUGUUAUGGACAGCGAGUCAGGUUCUAGAUUGUUUGGAUUUAUAGGUGCUGGUGCUACUUUGGGUCAACUAGUUGGUUCAUUGUUCACUACAGGAAUGGCUUGGAUGGGACCAUAUUUACUUCUUGUUUCUGCUUUGCUAAUGGAAUUUGCUGCACAGUCAUCAAAAAUGAUUUAUAGAGAUGAUCAUCUCACUGAAGAGGAGAACAUUCCCAUGAGAGUUGCCGAUGUUGAUCAAAGAAACAAGGUUGACGAGCAGAUGAAACCAGAUUCAAGAGAAUCUUCCCCAAAGUUGUCUACUCCAAGGGCAAAACCUCAAUUUUGGGCAGUUUUAGAUGGACUUCAGCUAAUUUUAUCGUCAAGUUAUUUGUUACACGUAUCAUUGUUCCUAUGGUUGGGUGCCAUCGUCUCUUCAUUCUUCUACUUGCAGAAAGUAACUGUGAUAGCAAUGACUGUUCUGAGCCCAGUUGGCAGAAGAAAACUAUUUGCCCAGAUAAAUAGUUUUAUCGCUGUUUUCAUCCUUGCCGGACAACUUACUUUAACGGGGCGCAUCCUUACUUUUGCUGGCAUUACUGUUGCUAUAUCUUCUGCACCAGUUGUAGCAUUGCUUAAUUUGGUUGCCCUAGGCUUCUGGCCAACUUGGCUGACUGUUGCUGUUUCAGAGACCUUACGCAAGGUGGUGACUUACGUCAUAACUAGACCAGGGAGAGAAAUCCUUUUUACAGUUGUUUCACAGGAUGAGAAAUAUAAAGCAAAGGUAUGCAUAGAUGUGAUAGUUCAAAGACUUGGUGAUGCCACAGCAGCAGGAUUGUACAAGCUCCUUUUUAGCACCCUCAAUGGGCAAGCAUCAACAGUUUCUCUCUAUGCCCUACCUGUUUGUGUAAUAUGGAUACUGACAGCAUUUUAUUUGGGGCGUCGCCAAACAGAACUAGCAAAGAUUCAGUCUGCCUCUCCAUAGAAACAUCAUCUGCCCGACCUGAUUGGAAUACAUUGGACUCCAGAUCAACACUCUUUAUCUUAUAGAUACAGUAUUGUAAGUAAAUUCUACCAAAAGGAAGAGACAUAAAUCACUUGAACAGAAAAAAAAAAUCCUUGUAACAGUGAAAUGCAAUGAAGAGAAUUCUCAUU